UCUGACUUUGAAUUGGCAGGACAGAUUACCUGAUUCACCACUGCUUAAGGCGCAGGAUUCUCCAGAUGAAUUCCCAGUGACAGAAAAGUCAUUUCAGUGCUCGUUGGAUGCUGCCUUAGGCACUGCCUCUUCAAGUCCUGGUGUGAAUGUUACUAAUUUUCCAAGUGAACCCUCAGAUUUCAGAGUGUUGGUGAAAGUGCAGAAACUGAUUAAGAAAGCUACAAGUCUCAUACCAGAUGAUGAAGAUGGACUGCCACCACUGGUUGUUUUUCCAAAAGUAGAGCAAGGAGCAGAUAUUUAUGUUCAAGAUUACCCUUUAAUCAAUGAAGUAAUGUUAAAACUAGAAAAUGAUAAUGUUGAACCGGUGUCUUUUGCACUAAACGCCAACCUCUUAGUUAAUGUCCUGAAGGUGACUUACUGUUUACAGAAGUGCUGGUGUUUCAGUUCAAAUGGAUUACAAGCCUUUGGCCAGGCAGAAGUUGUUAUAGUUUUACAUUGUCAGUUGGAAGAAAAAAGUCUGCUUAAAGAUAUCUUCAGUCUCUAUAUGACAAUUUAUCAAGAUGCACUGAAUGGAAAACCUACUGAAAAUCUUGGAAGCAUAACUUUCACAGACAGUUUCCUUGGGAGUAAAGACCAUGGUGGAUUUCUGUUCAUUUCUCCUACAUUCCAGCCGAUAAAUGAUCUCUAUAUUCCAAACUGUCCUGUGGUCUUUGGCAUCCUUAUUCAUAAACUAGAGGUGCCAUGGGCCAAAGUUUUUCCUCUUCGUUUAAUGCUGCGGCUUGGAGCAGAGUAUAAUGUAUAUCCUUCUACUCUGAUGAGUGUUAGAUGCCGCAAGCCUUUAUUCAGAGAACCAGGCCACACUGUAAUGAACCUGCUUAUGGUUUGUAUACUUUUUCCAUGUACUGUAUUUGAAACAAUGUUAAGCAUGGUUGUCUUUCAGAUCCUGUAAAAUUCUGUUCAUUAU